ACAUUCUUUGGAUGCGUUUGUAUUGCAUGUCUUACUUCUGGAUCGAUUACAUUCGAUUUUUAUUUUUACAUUCACAUUUUAUUUUAUUCAACAAAACGUGGAGGUGUAUCGUUAUUUAUUGUCGUGUAUAGUUUACUGUUACAUGAAAAUAUUCUGUGAUUCAAAUAUGUUCUUUGACGGAAUAGUUUUUAUAAUCAAUAUCAGAUUACCAUUACUAACUGGACCUUUAAAAUCAAGUUGGGAUAUUCAAUUACUGUUUCCGUAGACAUUCAGAUGAUUUAUAUUCAAUAUAAAAUCUAGUGUAUAUUGGAUACUGUUUAAUCAGACGUUUUUAUGCGGAUUUCAUAUUUACAUUUCAUUUGAACCAUUAUCAUGCCCGUUCUUGUCGGAACACCCAGUUUGGUCCUUAUUUCACGUGUUCAGGUUUAUCAGACCUGUUCUGUUGAUCUGGCAUGGCAACGUGCAGUUCAUGCUUGUCAGCGUUGUCCUAAAGCCACGUUAACCACAAAUGCUGUCACACCUUUAAUAAGUCCGUCUGGUGGCGAGCGUGCAACCUCUAGGUUUUGUCCUGCAGGUGUGCACAUGAGUCAUUGUGUUCCAGCAUCAGAGAUAUUUGGUGCUACUAGUAAGUCUAUUCCUACUGGCGCUCAUUCUGUUCUGGCCAAUAAUGAUACUCACGGAGCAGUAUCUCCUGCUCAUUUGUCUUGGGGACCACCAGAUUUACCACUUCCUGCAGCUAGCCCUAAUCACCCUGUACAUGCCGCUCAUAUCGCUAGAUCUUCAUAUCCUCCUGCUUCAUCUCCAACUUCUUCAACCUCAUCUACUCCAGUCAAGACAACCACAUCUACAACUGUUCAUCAUUUUCACCCUGUACAACGUUCAAAACCACUAGAUUCUAAAUUCGGACUGGUUGAAAAGAUUAGUAGUACGGCAUCUGCAACUAUUACUCCGACUUCAACCUCUUCUCCGUCUUUAGCUACUACUGAUAUAACACCAUCAGUCCCACCAGAUGGGAAUAUUGUCGAAAAUCGACUACCGUCAAUUGAGAUUAGUGAAAAAGACAUUGAUUUAGCAAAAUCUGAUAACAAUGAAUCCGAUAAGCCUCAUUUUAAUUUGUCUAUUCAAGAGACAUUAACAGAUAAAUCUCAUGAUGAUAUAACUGUUUGUGAGAAUAAUUUAUCAUCAUCGCAUACGGAUUCCUUACGAACUGAAUAUAAUAGUGAAAGCUCUGUUGAACAACCACAUACCGCAAAUGAUAUAACGCAUGAAAACAAAUCCAAACAAGAGAAUGGAGUAAUAACUAUUUGUCCAAAAGUUACACCAAACUCUGAAAAUCAACUAAGUGUAGAUAAUGGAACAAAACAUUCAUCCCAGACUAAUAAUACCACUGCUACGAAUAAACUUUUAAAUCAUGAUCCAGACACUGAUGAUAUAAGCAAAAUUAGAACAAAUAAAACAACUCCAUUACGAAUAAAUGAUGGGAUUGGAUCAAAACAACACACUCCUGCCGUUGCUUCAACACCAUCAGCAUAUAAUAUUCCUGCUGAAAGUAACAAGCCAGAUGUUGAUGUAGUCGCACAUCAACAAUCUCAUGAUAAUUAUCAUGAAGUUAAUAAACACUAUCGUAUUCAUUCCUCACAAUCGAAAAGUCUUUUUAAUUCUGACGGUGUUCACGAAGAUGUCACAUCUUUAAUAAGUAAGGCAAAUGUACCUAAUCAUACAGAUUAUACUUAUCCAUCGUCUAUGGAUUCUACUUCAUGUGUGCAAAACAAAGGAUUUGCUAUUCCUUCUUCUCCAACUCGAAUACAUAAAGCAUUGCCAGCAUUUCAUUUCCCACUUGGGACUACUCGAAUGUCUAAUGAGGAAAUUAACACAGAAUUAGAACGUGUUAAACAAGAACUUAACCAAUUUAUUGAUUCAUCACUAAAUUCUGGGAAAUAUUCUGAUCCGUUAAUUUCUCAUUCAUGUUUUGGACAAGUUGCAAAGGUACUUAAUUGUCCACUUUAUUGGAAACAUGCAAUUUAUAUGAAUGCUGGUGGUACAUCAGAUCGACAACCAGUCACCUUGUCAAACUUAUUGAAAUCAUGGUCUCAUACACUGAAUACUUGUCCAGAUGAAGCUUCGAAAUUUGUUCAUCUACUUACACGUGGACGAGCUACCUUUUUAGUACAAUCUGAUUUUAAUACACUCAUACAAGACAUUUUAGAGAGUCAUCCUGGCUUAGCGUUUUUAGAAGCAGCGAAAGAUUUUCAUUCCCGUUAUGUGGCAACCGUUGUAGCACGUAUCUUCUUCAAUGUGAAUAUUUCAUGGUCUGGUCGUAUUUCUUUAGGUGAAUUAAGACGAAGUAAUUUUCUUCCUGUGUUAGCCAGUCUUGAAAAUGAAGAUGAUAUUAAUUUGGUGACACAGUAUUUUUCUUAUGAACAUUUCUAUGUUAUUUAUUGUAAAUUCUGGGAGCUAGACGAAGAUCAUGAUUUGAUCAUCAGUCGAAGUGAUUUAGCACGACACAAUAAUUAUGCUAUCUCAGAACGUAUGAUAGACCGAAUAUUUAGUGGAGCUGUAACAAGAGGAACAGCUUUUAAAGAAGGUGUUAUGACUUAUCCAGAUUUUGUUUGGUUUCUAUUGGCUGAAGAAGAUAAACAUCAUCCUCGGAGUAUUGAAUAUUGGUUUCGAUGUAUGGAUCUAGACGGUGAUGGUCUGUUGUCAAUGUAUGAAUUAGAAUAUUUCUACUCGGAACAAUUAGCUCGAAUGGAAGAAAUGGGGAUUGAACCUAUAUCAUUUGAAGAUUGUUUAUGUCAAUGUUUGGAUAUGGUGAAACCAGCACUUACAGAUAAAAUUCGACUAUCAGAUAUGAAACAAUGUCGUCUAUGUCAUAUAUUUUUUGAUACAUUCUUUAAUUUACCAAAAUAUUUACAACAUGAACAACGUGAUCCAUUUGCUAAUUUACGUGAUAUUGAAGAAGGACUCAAUGAACUAUCUGACUGGGAUCGUUAUGCAGCUGAAACCUAUGAAAUGUUAGUCAAUGUUGAAGGUGGUGGUAAUCCAGAUGAUGGAGUUGAUGAUGAUGAAGACGAUGACGAGGAGGAGGAUGAAGAAGAGGAACAAGGUGGAGCUGUAGGUGAUGAAGGAACUGGGAGUAAUCAACAACAGAAAAACAACGAUAGUAACAAUGUAACUUCUCCCACUUCAACUGUUAUUUCAUUAGUAAAUAAAAAUGAUAAAAUCAAUCGAAAAGAUAAUGUUGGAUCAUGUGGAUUGGCUAAUAAACUUGAGUCUAUCGGUAAUAGUGAAUUGAUCAAAUUGGAAUCAACUGUUGGAGCUGGGGAGUGAGUGAGUCGUCUACACUUAUGAGUUAAAGUUGGGGAAUUGGAAUUGAUAAAAAACAAACCAGCAUUUCUAUGGGAAGUUGGGAUAUAUCACCACAUCAAUUGAAUUUCUACCCGAUCUUAUCAGUCAGCAAAUAAAUUUUUAAUAACCGAGUGACCAGUAAAUAUUUGUGUACAAUUGAGGGGGGGGGAUGUUCCAUUUAAGUUUUUCUCAUUUUGUACAAAAAAGCAUAUACAUUCACUUUUUCCAUCGUUUAAUAUGUUCUCGACAUUCAGCUCUUAAUUGUUUUUUUUAUUGACCAUCAUUUUCGGUUGGCUUCAUAGCAUGCUCAAUUUCUUUAAGAUAUUUUAGUCUCUACAAUCCUAUAUAUCUUAUUGUAGUUUUUUUCUAUGUGUCUGUGAUAACACUUUCAUUUUGAAGGAGAAUUUAAUCUCUUCAACGUUGAUUUAAGAUUGCCAACAAAUUCUUUCACUUCUGUUAAUUUAAAACUUUUUACAUUCGAUGUUAGUGAUCAGAUUGUCGUCUUCGAUUCUCUAUCGUUUUCUGUUCCCUAAGAUUUUGAAUAUGUGUAUACUUUUAAUCUUGGUGAUUGUAUGUAUUAACGAUUGAGAAAUUCAAACUAGGAGUGACGAGAAUGUUGUAUCACGUUUAUAUGUGACACUGAUUCUAUAACAACAACAGCGACUGGAAAUUAACAGAGUUUAUCAUGUUCAUUGUUGUUUUGUAUUUAAAACAUAUGUAUUCACCAUAAUCAUCUACCUGCAGAUUUCAUGAUAUCAUUAACAUCGUGAAUAGUGUUACUACCUAAGAUGGACAAUUGUGGAUAAAAAUGACAAUCGUAUUCGGUUCCGCGUGUACAAUAUACAAAUAAACGCACAUAUACCAAUAUGUUGUAGUAUAAGGAUACUAAACAUUCAACUUCUCUUUACAUUACUUUCUUCAACUGUGUUCACAAUACUUACAAUUUCGUCAUCGUUAUUGUCUGAAUAAUUUUGAUCUCUCUAUUCGAAUUAACUAAUUGCUAUUCGUAAAAAACUGAAGUUUAGCCAAAAAUCAGAAUCGUUUGAAACAUAAAUGUUUGUGCCUUGAAUAGACAUUGUCUUCCUGAUUUUCUUUUCUCUCCAAAAGUGAAUUCAAGUAUUCCUUUACUUUCUUGGCUCGUUAUUUGUCUACUCAUCGCAAAGCAGACACGUACAUCGUAAAUAAAUCUGAGAAGUUACCUUUUUUGUAUUUUGAAGUGUAUAAACUGUUAUUAUUCGUAUUUACUAUUAUUAUCAUAAGCCCAUGACCCAAUUUUCCUAUCAGACUUCUUCACAAAAUUAUUAAAUUAAUUUUUCAGUGCUUUCAUCUUUGAGAAAGUAAAUAUACUGAAACGUUUGUUUACUUAUUUGUUUGUUUUUCCGCACUGGUUGGUUACACACUUAUUAUUCAUACGGAUUGUUAUAAAUAAUACAGUAGCGAUG